CCGUCUCCAUGGAAACCACCGGAGCAUUUUGAAGCACGGACCAGCCGGCCGGUCCGCCCAAGAAUUCAUUCCGGUGGGCCGGGGUCGACGGAAGAUUUCGGCGGAUCGCUGGUUGCGUUUGACCUUGGCUUGUGCUAUUUGCAGUGUUUUGGAAGCACUUGAUCACCAUGCAUCGAUCACCACACAACACACGACGGGAGAACCAAGAUCUACUUCGGCCACACGUUGUCUUCUAGGUGAAGUCAUACGAGGUCAUGGAGAUGGAGUCGUCCUGUCGUAAGGAGAAACCGAGGCCAAAAGAGCCAGCCUGCCGUGGUGACAAAGCCAAACAGAAAUCUGCUUUACAAGAACUCAAACAGAGACAGCGAGCUGAAAUCUACGCUUUGAACAAAGUGAUGACGGAACUGGAGCAACAACAGUUUGAGGCUUUCUGCAAACAGAUGCAGUCGCAGAGUAAAUGAGGACAGCACAGACAACCUGACACUCCGCAGCCCGGGACAGGCAGCUUUUUUUUUGUUUUAACACUAAAUGCAUAUGAAAGAUGAUGCAUCACAAAUAAUGUGAUCCUGCUCUUUAACCAUAAGGAGACCUCAUUGUACAAAAAGUACUUGACCUCAGAUUGCAACUUUUUGCUAGCAGAAUAGGACCACUUUGAGUUGUGUUGUUCCAUUUUAAGUUAAAGUAUUUCUUAUUACUGCCAGGCCAGGCCAGGAUUCAGCUGGAUUUGCCAUUUCUGAUUGUUGUCCAUAUCUCCCUCUGAAUGCCAUCCAUGUGCCAUGAUGCUAAAGGACAGAAAGGGCUUUGACUACCAUACCCUCCAUGCUGGAACAGCUUCCAUUGCUUAUUAUCGAAGCUAAAUGAAGAAGACAUUGGAGUGAAACGCUGGGGGCUGCCAGUUGUUGUUUGAAUCUAAAUUUGAAAACCAGAAUCACCUUUUCUUACCUUAUGCAAAGGUUGCCAGUCCUUUGCCAUCUAAUGAACUGAGAGAAAAACAAUCCUCACAGGCAGUGUAUUUAUAUUUGAUCUCGUGUCAAGAAGUUGGAGCAUGUCAUUGAAGCUCCUGCCCCUGGAAUCCCAUGAUGGAGACCACGCUUCACCAUCCACAUUUUUGCCUGUUGAUUUUUGAUUUCAACUUCCCCUGAAAAAUAUCAGCCAUCUAUUACAUCUGCUUUUUGAACUUGACAUAGAAUUUUCCAGGAGUCUGUUCCAAAUGUAUACAUGCCUUUUGGAGAAAAAAGCUUUUCCUAACUCAUGACCAUGUGAGUUUACAGUUGCAUCCUUUUAUGCAAGCUAUCCCAUCGUCUGACAAUUACCUCAUUUUACUUUCUUGGACCCAGAAGAAUUAGGAAGCUUCACUUUUCACCCAGUGCAAAGAAACUGCAACCAUCUAGAGUGGAUGCUGGACCUGAAAGUGAGGCAGUGAGACUCCCACCACUAGUUUUGCAGUGCCAAUACAAUUGCUUAUAAAUGCAUUGUUAUCCAGGAUCACUGUUUUCCCCAGUGUUUUUUUUAUCUAUUUAAAAUUCAUGAGUUUCAUCUGUGCCAUGCAGGUCUCCAAGAAUGAUGACGGAUUGAUUAAUCCCCAAAUGAGAUGGAUAAAAAUACUAUCAACCUACCCAAGAUAGAACAUUGGAGUUCUAUCAUCACAAGAGUUGAGGCCAGGAUUUUUUUUUAAUCUGAAAUUUACUUGAAUAGAUCAGGAAAAAUGUAAGCUGUAGAAUUGUUGAAUCCUCUGCAAUGGAAGUAUUCAAAGCUGAAAUUCAAAGUGGUGCACAGCUGUCUUGCAAGUCAGAUCACCUUGUUUUUCAAGUGGAAAUACUUUCCCAUCAAACCUUUUUAAGAGAAAUAUGUAUUUAUAAACUUGACAUUAUAUGCUUUAUUAUUUAUUGUUGUGAUUGUACCUAUAGUUUGUGUCUUGUGUUAUUUCAGGAUUCCUAAGGAGAGUACUGAUACAACCCAACUGAGGGUUGCUAUUAAUGGCCAUGAGGUGAAGUUCAGGAAAAUAGAUUGAGAAAGUACUUGACAUACAAGCCUCUUGUUCCCAAUGAAACCAGCCCUGUGCUGUGUUCUGGCAUCAUGUCAUGCCAUUUUUACUGGGGCAGCACUACCCAUUCCUGGAAAGGAACGCAACUGUGAACAUUAACGCCAAAAUCAGCUGUCACCCAAGGUGACUCCAUGGCAGGAUGCUACAUACCAUGCCUCAUCAGUGUAUAUCAUCAGAAUCUGGCCUAGUGGAGGGAGGCACAAAGUAUCCAUUGACAUUAAGUCUCACUUGUUAACAAUAUUGCAGAUUUCAUUCUGUUUAUUUCAAACUUUGAAAAAAAAUCUGAAGGAAAAAUUACCUCUUCUUAAAUCAGUUUUCCUUUUGUCUUAGUCCAACAGUAAUAAACUCCUUCAUUAGGUAAUUAUAUGCACGCUUCUGUGAGUCUUAAGAACAGUAAUUGCAAGUCUUUUCCUUUGACAUCAGCACUGGAUAGCUGAAUUGGAGUUUGUUGCUCUUUAACACAAGGGGCAAAGACAAGGUUGUCUCCUUCCACCUUUAUCUUUAAUUAUGAGGAUUAAUUGAAUUUUAUCAUAAUUCCUAAAAUUAUGUACAAGGUUUUGCAUAUAUACAUUUUAAUAGUAUUGCAUACAUGAUCUUGUAUGUAAAUAUGAUCUUGUAGGUAAAUAAAACCAAAAAUCGCUAAAAACCUAAAGGUCCAACAACAUCUGAAGAGAGAAAUAUAAUUGACUUUGCAGGUGAAUGACCUUUUGGAUCUUCAGCUUGAUAAACUCUUUUUGCCAUUGUUUUGCUGACUUUAGAUAUGAACAGACCUUGUAAAAUUGGUGCCUGCAGAUCCUAUGUGCAGGAUCAUGGUGAUAGUGCAUUAAGCAAUCAACAGAUUGUAUUUUGUUACGUUCUAUUAACUAAUUUACUACUACAUUAUAAAGGAUUAGAAUGGCCUUUAACAUAUCACUUUUGUUCAAAAGAAUUGUUAGUGUGGAGUUUAAAGCUACUAGGAUGGAUAUUGCCUGCAGCAAUACUUUUACAUAAAAGUAACGAAGGGGUGACAUUUAUUUGCGCCAAGCUAAGGUCUCACCGUCUGUGAUUAACUUUGCUUGUCUCACAUCUAGUUCUUAGUCAGUGUUGAAUUGGCUUGUUUCUUCCUGUGAUUUCUCUAAAAAAAUAUAAAGUUAAAUUUAGCUCACACCACACCUUGAACCUGAUCUGCUAUAUAAGAUAAUGGUGAAGAUGUGGUGUGAAUCAGCUUCAUUGUACCAUAUUCCCAUGUUUGGAUUUCUUCCAUGCUCAGAAAAGUGUGAAUUUCAAUUAGUGGAUCACCACCGUUGACUGGAACAGACAAUUUCUCUGAGUAAAGAUAUUUAAUCCUAAAUGGCUGACCCCUGGUUGUGGCCAUUAUUGCUCCAAAAGCACAGCUAUACCACUCUGGGUGUCAUUUCAUCCCCACAUCUAUGGAAAUUUUACCGAGUUGACCCUGAUCUGUAAUUCGCACUUGAGUAUGAUUCAUAAAGUAGUUAAUCUGUUUUUGUGAUAUUGGUUAAUAGAUUAAGUAUUAGUGAAGACACUAGGAAAAAUUUAUUUUCUGGCUCCCCCAGUUCUAAUAUGGACACAGCCUUGAUUCAGCUUUACAUUUGAAGAUCAACAGUAAUGUCAGCUUAGAUUAUGCACCAAAGUUUCUAAUGUUAAGGGGAAAUCUGUUGGAAUUAUUUGAGGAAAUAACAGACAGGACAGACAAAAAAGAGCCACUGGAUAUUGUUUACUUGGAUUUUCAGAAGUCCUUUGACAAGAUGUUGUACAUGAAGCUGUUUAACAAGAUAAAAGCUCAUGGUAUUACAGGAGGGUUUCCAACAUGGAUAGAAGAUUGACUGACUAGUAGGAGGCAAACAGUGGGAAUUAAGGCAGGUUAUUAUGGUUGAUACAGGAUCAGAAUUGGGACCACUACUUUUCACAUUAUAUGUCGAGGAUUUGGAUGACAGUAUUGAUGGCUUUCUGGCCAAGCUUGCAGACGAAACAAAGAUAGGUGGAGGGACGUGUACUGUUGAGGAAGCAUAAUCUGCAGAAGUAUUUUUUCUGAUAAAUGGAUGUUGCCCGACCUGCUGAGUUUAUCCAAAUUGUUUGUACAUGUUUAUUUGACCGCAGCAUCUGCAGUGUACUUUGUGUUUAGUAUUUUUUCUGGUUGGGAGAAUGAGCAAAGAAGUGGCAGAUGGUAUAGAGUGUAGGGAAGUGUGUAGUCAUACACUUUGGUAGAAGGAAUAAAGCCAUAGACUAUUUUCUAAAUGGAGAGAAAAUUCAAACAUCAGAGGUGCAACAGGACUUUGCAGGAUUCCCUAAAGGUUAACUUGCAGGUUGAGUCGGUGGUGAGGAAGGCAAAUGCAAUGUUUUCAGUCAUUUUGAGAGGACUAGAAAGAUGCAAUGCUGAAGCUUUACAAGGCAUUAGUCAGACUGCACUUGGUGUAUUAUGAGCAGUUUUGGGUCCCUUAUCUAAGAAAAGAUCUGUUGGCAUUGGAGAUGGUCCAGAGGAGGUUUACGAGUAUGAUUCUGGGAAUAAAAGGGUUAAAUUAAGGAGUGUUUGAUGGCUCUGGACCUUUUUACCCAUUGGAGUUUAGAAGAAUGAAAGGGGGGGGGGGAAGAAUACCUCAUUGGAACCAAAUGAAUAUUGAAAGUGGAUGUGGAAAGGAUGCUUCCUACAGUGGGUGAGUCUAGGACCAGAGAGCGCAGCCUCAAAAUAGAUUACAGUAGUUUCUUUAGCUAGAGAGUGGUGAAUAUCUGGUAUUCAUUUCCAGAGACAGAUGUGGAGGCUAAGUUAUUGAGUAUAUUUAAAGCAGAAGUUGAUAACUUCUUGAUUAGUCAGGGCGUCAAAGGUUAUGGGGAGAAGGCAGGAGAAUGGGUUGAGAAUGAUAAUAAAUCAGCUAUGCUGUGAACAGAGGAGCAAACUCAGUAGGCAGAGCGGCCUAAUUCAGCACCCAUGUCUUAUGGUCUUAUGUUAAUUUGAACCCAGAAAUUUGACUCAGAUGAAUCACAAUCAGACUCAAGGCUAACAUCCAUUCCUCAAGGAAACACAAAUCCAACAUGACUUAAUUCUAUUUCCCUGUAAGAUGUUCAUUUGAUGUUUUUCUAAACCUGUUCCAUUUUUCUUUCAUUUUUUUCAACACAAAUCUGUGGCCAUAUUGUAUGAUUCUUAAACAGGUACUGUAGUCCAGCAGAACACUUGCUGAGACUUUCAUCAAAAUUUGGAUUUCAUUUUGUACAACAAGGUAGAUUGUGAAUACUAAAGUAGAAUUGUAGCAGAUGAGUGACUGUUUACACAAUGUUGCUGGGUUACCCAGUCUGAAGCUGAUGUAAAUCAAAACGUUUUUAUUGCUAUGUAAGUAAUUUUAUCCAAAAUUUAGUGGGCCUCUACUAAAUAAAAAUGCUUGAGAAUC